AUGGAUGUUGGUCAUUUAGAAGAUGAGGCUCUCAAGAGAAGAGAGAAAGUAAAAGCACUCAAAAGAAAAAGAGAAGGACAUGAUCCCACGGAAAAUAAUUCCAACAAAGAAGCUGCUCCUUUACCAAAACCAAGUUUUCGAAGCUACAAGCCAUCACAUGAAAAACUACAAGAAUUUGUAGCAGAUCUUGCAAAGCCUGGAGAUGUAACAUCUGAAGUUGCAAAACAGUUAGAAUCAGUGAAAUCAGAACCAGUUAUAGAUCAACUGGAUGUUACUUCAUUGGCUCCUAGAAAACCUGAUUGGGACCUGAAGAGAGAUGUAGCUAAGAAACUGGCCAAGUUAGAAAGACAGACACAAAAAGCAAUUGCUGAACUCAUAAGGAUAAGACUGAAGGAAAUGAACAGCACAGGGGAUUUAGCAGAAAUGGUUAAUGCAGGUGCAACAAAUAGUGGUCUGUGA